CAACUAAUACUAUGCUGGUAUAAUCUCAUCCCCACAUUAUCAUUAGGUCAACCCUUGGGGUUUGAUGACCACAUGUUCAGGAGAAUAAAAUAUUUUAUUUUAAAACAUAUCAAAAUUAAUAUCUUGUGUACAUAACAAUAUAUAAGAUUUUAUUACACAAAAAUAUUUGAAUUUGAAAUUAGAAUAAAUGAAAUACAAAUCGAUAAUUAUAAUCGAAGAAUUAAAGAAAAAGUAAAAUUAUAGAGUAAAAUGUGUUCACACUAUGAAAAGAUGAUUGAAAGAUUAAGAAUACUAAAAAAUAAAGAUUAAUUGUUAUUAUAAUAAAUUAAUAAAUAAAUAAUGCUACCCAAAAAACUGAAAGUUUGGUGGGUAACUUCCCUCACGUUUAAACAUAUUUUUAAUAUUUUUUUAAUUAUUAACAUUCUUAAUUACCACUACACCCCCUACCUAAAAUUAAGGAGAGAGCAAGAAAUUUAAAAUGGAGAAAAGUACACAAAAGUGUACUAUACAUUAUUGGUGGAUUUAAUUCAUAAAUGAAAUUAAAAAAACCGAACAAAAAGCCACUUUACCCUUUUUACCCACCUCAUAUUCUCUCCUUCUUUCGUCAAACCCUCCACCAUUAGCCAACCACCCAUCCAUCUUUUUCUGCUUCUCCGCCAUGCACUCGACCACUGCACUUGCAAAAGCCCAAUUUUCGAGACUACUCACCUCCUUUCUCCAUCAAAAAACUCCUCUUUCUCUCUCCAAAUGGAGAUCAAGAGUAAAAAAAUUCAGAUUCCAAAACCCUAACCCCGUACCCCAUAUCCAAUCAACGGUGCUUGCCUCGCUCACUCUUCCGACGAGGAGUUUCAACUUCUUCCCCCACUCAAUCUUUGUUCAUUCUUCCAAAUGCUGCUUGCUUGCUUUAAUUACUAGGAUUGUGGGGAAUUGAUUGAUUUGGGAAGGGAAGGGAAGGAGACCAAGCAACAGAGAAGAAGCCCGCUGCCCCCUACAAACCCCUUUAUCUCCACCGCAGGAGAGGAGGACGAUGAUGACGGCAAAGGCAACGACGAGUUGAGGAAGAAGUGUGACUAGUGACAGUGGUUGUUGUAGAAGAAGAACUAGAUAUGGAAAAGGAAAGCCACAACUGGUGAGCGGGUUAUGAAUGGGCCGAUUCAGAUCUUCUCCUGAUUUCUUCAGCGAAGAGGGGUCUCUCUCCCCUAGAUAAGGAUUCGACGGCGACGGUGGCGGCGGAACCUAGGAACGAUGCCCUCAACAAGUUUGAACGACGAGAAUUGGUACUAGAAUCUGUUGCUCAUUGAUUAUCUAUUCCAGAAGGAAUAAAAAAACAAAAGAGAGACCAGUAGCAGAGGAAGAAAUCGAAGCUCUGGAGAGGAGAUGAAGCGAGCGGUAAGAAUAGCAAAGAGAAAGAUGAUAAUAAUAAUAAUAAAAUAAUAAUUUUUUUAAAAAAAAUAAAUUUUAAUUUGAUGUGGCGUCCAAGUGGCAUGACAAGCCUAGCUGGACAUGUGUUGGAGUUGAUGUGGGAGCUGAGGUGGCUAUAUUGUCAAAAACGCGAAAGUUAUGGCUAUGCAGAUGAGUUAAGCCUUAAAAAAAUAAAUGGCGUUGUUAUUGCUUCCUUCCAAAAAGCAUGUUAUGCUCUUCGGUUAUUGGCAGAUGAUGAUGAGUGGAGUGAUUGCUUGAAAGAAGUAGCCUUUUGGAGUUCUAGAUAUAAAGUAAGGAAUUUGUUUGUCACAAUUCUUAUCCACUGCCAAGUGUCUGAUGUGCACCUUUGUGGGGAAUAAAUAGGACCUAUUGAGCGAUGAUAUCGUGUUCAAUUUAAACAGGGAGUUAAAUUUGCCUGAUUUGAAGCUAUCUGAUGACUUGAUAUUUGCACAUGUUUUUGUCCACCAUUCUUAUAUCAUGUGAGGCUCAUUUCUCAUGGUUUAAACCAAUUUCAUGUAAGGUUGUUCUUGUUAGUGACAUUUCUGGUCAUAGUACGUGAAUGAAGGUUUGGGCACAAGUUUGGGGUCGAUUGGACGAAGUUAGGACGAUUAACGAAAAGCUGAGAGAUAAUGCGGCCUGCUCUAAUUUUACGAGGUCGUGUGGUCUGGUCGUAUGCCUGGGACUACACGACCAGGGUCGUACUGGCCGUGUAAGGGCACCCUUUUCCAGGAUAGUUACACGGGCAAGGCUGCAUUCCCGCGGCUGUACAUCCUGGCUGUGAGUCGACCACGAGCAACUAAUCCGGAUGCUGCAUUUUGGGAGCUACACGGGCAGGCACGGGAUUCUACACGGCCAUGCGCUGGCCGUGUAAUUGGGAAAAUAUGGGUUUUAACACAAUUUCGGGUUUGUGAAAAAGGGAUCCGAGGUUUAGAGCAGAAAAUAGAGAGUUAGAUAGAGAAAGUGAAAAACCCAUCCUCCAAGGUGACCUAGAUCGGGUUUUGACACCAUUGGAGCUUGAUUGAAGCCUAGAGAAGCACUGGUUGACAAACUAGAAACUGAAUUCUAUCCUCGACAAGAUGAUUUCUACAUCCGAAGCUGAUUUCCUCUCUCUCUCUCUCUCUCUCUCUCUCUCUCUCUCUAUGGAGUAACCUCCCUCUCUCACCUAGGUAUGAAGAACCCUAGAGUUGUAUGUUAGGUUGAUUGUAUUAAUCCAAGUACAUGAAAUUUUGAUAUUGAUUAUAUUCAAUUGAGGCAUGAUUUCAGAACUGCUUCAGUCUUGAUCACAUUCUUGUAGUUUCUGCUUUGACCUAGAAAUAGAAUAUAUGCAUAGGUUGAUUUAUGCUUUGGCCUGAAAAAGAACCUUCCGCGGUAUAACUAUCAUUAUAUCUGAACUUGGUGAAUUACAAUUCGCCUUAACUGCAAUCUAGGGGGAACCAUAUCUGGGUGACAUCUCUCAAACUUGAAUCACAACUUUAUUGCUUUGUGUUUGCUUAGAUAAGAUUUUCACUACGUUCAAACUGCUAAAUAACGAGAACUUCACGGAGUAGUCAUCACAUCUAGGACCUGGGUUGACAAUUAAAGCUAAACACGCUAUACUACUCAUUAGUUUGUAGUUACACUUGACCACUUUCUAGUGUGACGGUAUUGGCGAGUCACAUUCUAGUUAGAGCUAUGAGAAUAAAUUCUCGAAAUCGAUGCUCGCUGAGGAGUUAGAUUACAAUCCAAAAGAUUUAAUGAAAUAAUUUAAUAUAUUCUAUCCUAAAUUGAAUUCAUAGCAGAAGAAGGCAUUCGAUGAAAUUGUUCAAGGAGUGGAUGAGGAAAAAGGAAAUUACUUCUUUGUUGAUGGAUUCGGAGGUACAAGGAAGACAUUUCUUUGUAAGUUUUUUUUCACACUACGGGCCGAAAAGAACAUAGUGUUGUUUAUUGCUUCUUCUGGUAUUGCAGCUUUGCAAAUGAUUGGAGGUAGAACUGCUCAUUCUCGAUUCCACAUUUCAUUCGACGGUGACCCAAAAUCAACAUGUCAUAUUGAACAAGAAAGCAAGUUAUCUGAGAUGAUUCAUAAUGCUUCUUUUAUGAUUGGGGACGAAGCUCAUAUGGCUCAUAAGCAUAAUAUUGAAGCAGUGGAUAGAAAUCUAAGAGCCAUUUUGCAUGUGAAACAUUCAUACAGCGAGGACAUGAUCUUUCGAGGGAUUUCUAUUGUAAAUUCUUCUAUCAAGAGAUCGUAAUUAUGACAUACAUUGAAAGCUUUGAAUCUCUCUUAGAAUAUGAGAUUGUGCCUGUAAAAUUUGUGGGCAUGAAGAAGCUACCGAGACUAAAGAAAUCAGCAGAUGGAUUUUGGAUACAAGUGGUGGUGUGGGCUCGUUGUUUAUGGGGAUACAAUAAUCACAAUUCCAACAUCUUUAAGCAUUCAACAUGAAGGAGAUGACAUUGUUGAUAUUGUCAAUGAUGUGUAUAAUGAUCCCCAUUUUAGUUGUAGUGAAGGAACCUAUUUGGUCCAUCAUGGUAUAUUGGAUCUAUAUCAUGAAAUGAUAUCUACAAUAAAUAAUUACUUGACGGAUAGGUUUUCAUAAGAAGUUUGUUAUCAUAGUUCAGAUUCAAUUGAGGUUGAUCCCAGUAACAAGCAUCAUAUAAAUGGAGAUUAUUCGGUGUAGUUUCAUAAGACAUUGAAGAUUAGUAAGAAAAAAAUUCGUUGGAAAAUCAGUAAUUUUCCAGACCAUUCUAUUAGAUUAAAAUUUGGAUGCCAUGUCAUUUUACUAAGAAAUAUGGAUCAAAGUACAAGUCUCUGCAAUGACACAAGGAUGAUUAUGAAGAGGCUGGGCACAUGGUCCAUUGAAGUGGAGAUUAUGACAGGUACUCAUAUUAGUGAAAGGGUAUUUCUAAUGGAUUAAAUUGACUACUCAUUACAAAAAUCCAGAUUUCACAUUGGUUAGGAAACAAUAUCCGAUUGUAGUUUGCUUUGCUAUGACGAUGAACAAAAGACAAGGUCAAACGUUGAAAAAUGUCGAUCUCUACUUGACAAAGCAUGUGUUCUCUCACUGCCAGCUUUAUAUUGCGCUAUCACGAGUUACAACGCAACAUGGGAUGAAGAUUAUAAGUUCUGAUUCUGAAGGUGAAGAAUCAAACACCAUGCAAAAUAUUGUGUGUGAGUAAAUUUUUUAAUAAUACUGGACAACAAAUAACUUAUAUGGGAAGACAAAUGCAAUUUAGGAUGAUGGUAACAUUUACUUUCAACGGGAUUGAGAUGGAAAAGCAAUCGAAAGAAGUACAAAAUAAUAUUUACAAUAAUUUGUGAAAGAAAGAGGUAAAUCAAAUUUUGUAAAAUAACAUCCUAAUAGUUACAUAAUUUGUGGUUUUGUAGAAUUUUGUAAGAGUUGAUUUCAUUGCAUGAUAUUUUUAACUUGGAAAAUUUUAUUUUUAAAUUAUUUCAUAAUUUACAUUUUUUAAAUAUCAAAUAAAAAUGUAUGUUAGUUCACACAAUUACCAUUAUUGAUUAUGUAUUAUUGACUAAAUGAAUACGAACAAUUCGCCUCAACCGGAGCAACCUUGAAUCCGAGAAUUCUAAAAGUCAUUAAUUUUGGGCCAAGAAAAAAUCAUCGUAAUCGUUUAUGCGUAUAAGUUUGAAUUCAAUAACAAAAGUGAUUAAUUAUCAUUAUUUUUUGUGAAUAAAGUGACCACGAUGCACCAACUCCUCCAAUGAAAAGCUUAGAAAAAACUCAAAAGUCAAUCCCAACCAAAACACUUCAUGAGCUUAAUCAAUUAAAGAUGCAAGAUGGAGAAGAGGUAAGCGUAAGUUUCAAAUUAACAACCUAUUAACUAUCAAAUACUAAAACUUUCAAUAUAUAUAUAGGGAAUUAUGUAUUUCAUCAACUGCAAAGUAAUCAAGGUUAAGAACAGGUGGUGCUAUGCUGGAUGCAAAAAAUGUCCACAAAAACUCAAAGAAGACUCUGACGAGUACUUCUGUGGGAAUUGCACAACAAAAUUAAAAACUACAACAACAAGGUAAUGCUACCAUUAUUAACAUGAACUUGCUUUAUAAUUCUCUUGUUAAGAUUGUAAGCGAAUUUUUGUAUAUAUUACGUUGAUUAAUAUAGAUGCCAAGUGAUUGGAUAAUUAAUUUUCAACAACAUAAUUUAUGUUAUUUUUCGUUGAAUGCAUAGAUUAUAUUACUGAAGCAACAAAAGAUAAGCAUUGGUACAUAGUACAAUAUUAAAUUAAAUAGGGUCCA